AUGUGCCAACUUUAUAGAGCAGUAUCAACAAGCAUUAAUCACUUAUUGAAAAGUCCAUUUUGUGUACAUCCUAAUACAGGUAGAGUAUGUGUUCCAAUUUUACCAGAAACUUGUGAUGAUUUUGAUCCAUUAAGCUCACCAACAGUUAGCCUGUUGGUUGAUGAAUUGGAAAGAGCACAUGCUAUAUGUCCAGUUACAAAAGAUUUUUAUGAAAAAACAUCUUUGAAAUCUCAUAUAAAAUAUUUUAAUGGAUUUGUCAGACAACUUCCAAAAGAAGUUCAUG